AUGACCAGGCCCUGUUCCUCAACCAAAGGCACACAAAGUGCAAUGCCACCAAUGUGCAAACCUGGCCCAAAGCACGCAAUGGAUCCCGGGAACAACAUGAUGAAGGUGUGCAGCUUCCUUUUCUCCGUUUGUCGACAGCUGCUCGCUAGACCUUUGCAAAGCAAGAAGACACAUUCUAAGCCAGUGGCAGGUUGUUUGCCCGAUGCCAUGGCGAUUCAAGAGCUGCAGCUUCUUGACCGUUGCCAAGUGGACAACUGCACAGUGACGCAGCGCACCAGCUGCGGGGCCAAGACAAACGCCCAUGCCUCGAACUUGGAACGCUCGUAG